UCUCUCUCAUCUCUCUGGUUCAACGGGCAAAGUAUUUUUCGAAAAAAGUUUUGAUUUUUUUAACGUUUCCUUCUCCUUCUGCUGCUCGCGAGAUCUUAAAUCCCUCUAUCGAUGAGCCACAGUUCGAAUCCAGCCGCUUGUUCUCGGGAAAAUGUCGGUCUUCGCCUCGAACUUGAAUCGUGUUGUUGGUCUUGCGAUCGGGAGACUGGUGAAGUGAGAAUUGAGGAUCAGUGCAUGGAAAACAAGCAACUAACAGCUGCUUCAAGCUCGUCUAUGUCCGAAGGCAGUGGCAAUAGUCUCCUCAAGACACCCGGAGCUGCAAGUCCCGCCACUGCAUUUCAUACUCAUCGGAGGACCACAGGCCCUAUAAGACGAGCAAAAGGCGGCUGGACUCCUGAGGAGGAUGAUACUCUGAGAAAAGCUGUUGAGAUGUACAAAGGAAAGAGCUGGAAGAAAAUAGCGGAAUUCUUCCCCGAUAGAACAGAGGUUCAAUGCCUGCACCGGUGGCAGAAAGUACUUAAUCCCGAGCUUGUCAAAGGACCCUGGACUCGAAAGGAGGAUGAUAAAAUUGUAGAACUUGUUCAACAAAAUGGGCCUCGGAAAUGGUCUCUUAUUGCCAGGUCUUUACCAGGUCGUAUAGGGAAGCAAUGCCGAGAAAGGUGGCAUAACCAUUUGAAUCCUGAUAUUAAAAAGUAUGCGUGGACUGAAGAAGAAGAGUUAGCUCUGGUAAAUGCUCAUCGAAUAUAUGGCAACAGAUGGGCUGAAAUAGCUAAAGCCUUACCCGGCAGGACUGAUAAUGCGAUAAAGAACCACUGGAACAGUUCAUUGAAGAAAAAGUUAGAUCUUUACUUAGCUACGGACAACCUGCCACCAGCAGCGAAGUACGGCUUUGUCAAUGGCAUAAGAGACCAUGGUGUUGCUGACACGGCCCGAGAUUCCACUAAACCUUCAUCUUCUUGCCAAAACAAGGAUUCUGAUUCAGUUGCCCAAACCUCUUCUGGGACUACAGAUGUAAACAAACCAGAUGAAGAUGGAAGAGACCACACCAAUUCUUCAGCUCCACUUGAAGAAGCAGCUGCUGCUUCGUCAAGAAUCCGUAUUAAUGAGAAUGCGCGCUCUCCUGCUGUGGAGUACAAGUCUCGAUUGCAUAAUUCCGAGCCAUUUCCAGAGAAUGUAGUUAACUCGAACUCGAGAGGUUAUGAGGACAGAUUAGCCCACACGGAAGAAGAAGGGUUUGGAACUCCAGAGCAUGGUUUUCUGUUCUACAGGCCUAUGGUUGACUUGUACUUGUCAUCAGAGCCGGAUUUCCAGCGUGGAUAUUAUGCAUAUGGAUGUGGUCGCAGUCCAGGUUCAUCGCCAGUUAGCUUCUUCACUCCACCUUGUACGAAGAGUAGUGGUAGUUUUGCUUCAAGAAGUCCUGAAUCUUACCUCAGAGAGGCUGCUAGGACAUUUCCAAACACACCCUCUAUCUUUAGGAAGAGACGGAAAUCUGUUAAUGUUGGGAAAAUGGAUGAUACCAGCAGUUCAGACAUGGAGGCUGAUAAAAGCGAGAACUUUGAAGAUAGUUCAGAGAAGUCUCCAGCUGGAAGAGAAGGCUUGUCUGAGAGAUCUGGUUAUCAAGAUGGCAAAAACCUCGGGUCAAAGGGCAGUGGUUGCGAUGUGUCUCCCCCAUAUCGGCUAAGGUCCAAAAGAACAGCAGUCUUCAAAUCAAGACAACUUGAGUUUCUGCCUGAGAAAGAGAAUCCAGGUGUGACGAAAACAAAAUCUUCUCAGGUUACUUACAUAUGAGAGGAUAAGUUAGAAGGAACCUCCUUCCCUUCAACUCAGAGAAAGAAUCAUUAAAAAUCUCCGAGUAAAGAGUUUCCAUCUUUCCCGGCACGAUAGAUUCUUGUUCUAUCCCUGUGCGUUUAUGCAUAAUCUUUCACCAUUUCAGGUACAGGGAGCAUGUGAAAAACUCGGAGCGUUUCCACGAGAAUCAUCGGUGAAUGCCAUUAAAGUUCUCUUCAGACUCUUGAUUGCAGGCUUUUUCUUCAUCAAUCUAACACAGUAACUAAGAAUCAUGCACACUUUCUGCUGAAGCUCGGACACGACGACUCACAUGGCUGUAGAUAUGAGAUCAUCUUUAUGACCAAUUGAUUCUGUACAGAACUUCUUAUUGAAGAAGAGUUGAUAAUUUUUUCUAUACGCCAUCUCUAUGGUUUGUAAAGGUCGAGGGGCUCUCUACAAAAAUUGAGAUAGUUUGGGGUUUAUUUAAAAUUUUGUUUAAAUUAUAGGUUUCUUUUUCUUUUUACACAUUGGCCAUGCUUCA